AAUAUUUAAUGUUGCCACACUAACAAAGCCUGUUGACGUCAAGUUUCAUGAAAGAAGAAUAAAUUAUUGUGUUCUUUUUUAAGUUUUCUUCAUUCAAGUAGGUUAAGUAUUUAACAUUCCUAGAAAUAUACGUAAAACUGGAAUCUAUUGGUGGAAAAUUAGAAAAUAGUAACAGAGUUUCUUCACUUAGAAUUUUAGUUUUUUUGUUUAGAAGUAAGUAAUUUAUAUUCUUUAAUUGGAACUUCAAUUAAAGUAUUUUGUUGAGUUAUAAGAAAAUAUAAAUCAUGAAUUGUGAUGUUAAAACGGUAAUUGCUCCAGUGAAUAUAGCUGUUAUAAAAUACUGGGGCAAACGUGAUGAGGAAUUAAUUUUACCAUUAAAUGAUUCCGUUAGUGCUACUUUAGAUACAAGUGUGAUGUGUGCUAAAACUUCUGUUUGCGCCAACCCACACUUUGCAGAAGAUGAAAUUUGGCUAAAUGGAAAAAAAGAGUCAUUCUCUAAUCAACGCUUACAAAAUUGUUUGAAAGAAAUUAAACAAAGGGCUUAUAAUGAAAAGAGUAUUGAUGAUAUAUUCUUAACUUGGAAAGUGCAUAUUUGCUCAGAGAAUAACUUCCCUACUGCAGCUGGAUUGGCCUCAUCUGCAGCAGGAUAUGCUUGUUUAGUGACCGCUCUUGCUAAACUUUAUAAAGUUAAGUCAGAUAUCAGUUCUAUUGCCAGAUUGGGUUCUGGUAGUGCAUGCAGAAGUGUUUAUGGUGGGUUUGUUAGAUGGCAUGCAGGUGUGAACCCAGACGGAUCGGAUUCCAUAGCUACACAAAUUGCAGACAGUUCACACUGGCCACAAAUGAGAGCAUUGAUUCUUGUUGUUGGUGAUACUAAAAAAAAAAUAAGUUCUACUAUAGGGAUGAAGAGAAGUGCUGAUACUUCUGAACUACUCAAAUAUCGUGUUCAGUACUGUGUACCAAAGAGAACAGAUGAUAUUUCCAAGGCUAUAAAGGAAAAAAAUUUUGGGAAAUUUGCUGAAAUUACUAUGAAAGACAGUAAUCAAUUUCAUGCAGUAUGUAUGGAUUCUUAUCCCCCUUAUGUAUAUUUGACUAAUAUUUCUCAUACCAUAAUUGAUUUAGUCCAUAAGUAUAAUGAAAUUAGUGGAGAAACAAGAAUAGCUUAUACAUUUGAUGCAGGACCAAAUGCUUGUCUGUAUUUACUUGAAAAUGAAGUGCCUAAAGUGAUGUCUCUAAUUCAACAUAUUUUCCCAUCAUCUUCUGAUAAAUUUGUAACUGGCCUUAAUUUUAAAGAGGAAGGAUUAAAUGAGGAAUUUCUAAAAAUUUUAUCUAUACCAAUUCAAGCAAAAGAUUCAAUUAAAUAUGUUAUUUACACCAAGGUUGGUGAUGGACCAACUGAAAUAAAAGAUGGAUCACAUCUCCUUAAUAAAGACGGAACACCAGUGAAGUCAGUAUUGAUCUAAAAGAGCUGUCUAAACAAUGGCCUAUGGCUUGAAUUGAUGCAGCCCGCCAAUCUUUUCUAGCUACUACCAAUAUUGAUGUUGACAGAAUUGUAUAAGAUAAAUUAAUGAAAUAGGAAUACAAUAACAAUUAUAACUGCAUUUUGUUUUUACAAAUAUUUUGCAGCCCCCUAAUGAAUUGUCAUUUUUAUUGGCCUAGAUCCUGUUUAAUUUGGACAGCCCAGAUCUGAAACAUACCUAUUUUAUUAUUGUUUAAUUUAUAUGAUUUGUUGGAUAUUUCUCUAGUAUUAUUUUUGUAAGAGGUUUAUUAUUCUUUAAUAAUAAUAGUAACUAUAAUAAAAUUUCACUCUAAUAUAUUGUGGACAAUAAAAAGGUUUUUGUGAGUAAA